UUUUCCUCACCAUCAAACACUUUACUUGAAAUCGAAUGAAAUUCACAGAUAAUUUUUGAAGAAGUAGAAAUUAAAUUCACUGGUAUCGUGCCGGAGCUGAAGCAUCUUUAAGUUUCAGAAAAAUUCGGAGUGAUUAUUGCUUUUGGCAGCAAUGAAUUCGGUUCCGCACCAGUUUGCGGCUCAACCUCCGUGGUUCUCGAUGCCGCCGCCGUCUUGUGCAUCUUUCUGGAAUAACCUCAACGUGCGUGAUCGUCUAAGGGAUUUGCAAGAAACGCUGGAUCUCGCAAAGUCGAUGCAGAAAGAACUUGAGAUGUUGAUGAUAUUUAAAGAUGGCAAAUCGUCCGAGCAGAGUGCGGUUAGUGUGCCUAACGACAGUGAGUUUUCUGAGUACUUGGAAGAUAGAAGGAUUAAUUUGGAGUUGCAAGAAUCGCGUUCGGUUGAAGCUGUGGUUGCUUUGAUGAGAAAGUUGAGAGCUCAGCUUCAUCCAUUUAGGAUGGUCUAUGACGAAUCGAGUCCAUGGCAAGAAAAAAACGCUGCAGUUAGGUUAUCUACUAAAUUAUUGAAGGCCAAGAGAAAUAAGCUGUGGAGAAAGAGGAAGAGGAAGCGCAUUGCUGAAUCACUUGCAAAGGAACGUGGAAGUUUUGACCUAGUUGAUCGAGAGGCUGAUGAAUGGAGGGCCAGGGAGAUCGCCAAGGAUAUUGCAAAACGCAAGGUGGAGAAGAUGAAAGAAAUUGCAAGAGUUAAAGCAAAAGAGGAGAAGAAGAGGAUAGAUUCUGAGCUUGAACUAGCACUAAUAGUGGAAAAGUUGCAAGAACUUCGCUCUAUCAGGAUCCAAAAAUUGAAGAAACAAGGUCAUUUUCUACCUGAGGAGGAUGAUAAGUUUCUGGAGAAGGUUCGAGCUGCAGUUGAGGAAGAGGAACGUCAAGCCCUUGCUGCAGCUGAUACGGAUGCUGCCAGGGAUGCCAUUGCAACUGCAGAAGUGUCUAGGAAGACCAUUCCAAGUUACAAUCCUGAAUCAAAAGAUCCAAAUAGUAAUGCAGAAAGGCUCGAAGAAAGAAAUGAUCAAAGAACUGCGAGUGCAGAUGAUAAGGUCUCUAACAUCAGCACUGAUAAGGAACCUGGGAAACAGUUUGGAGAAGGACAAGGUUGUGGAAGAGUGUAUGAUUAUGCGGCCAAUUUACCAAUGGAAUUCUAUCAUUAUUAUUAUGGAAGUAACACUGAUAUGGGGACAUUAAUUGAGGUUAGAAGAUCGUGGGAUGCAUACAUAAGACCUGGAGGAAGCCGAAUACCGGGACAUUGGGUUCAACCACCACCACCUGCUGAUGAAAUAUGGGCAGCAUAUUUGGUGCGACCAAAAUGAAUCCAGCCAGCCAUACGGUACAGAAUUGGUUUUUCAAAAUUUGCUGGUACAGAUUGGUACAAAAUGCAAAUACAUAAAUAACAAGCUUAUUUUGGAUGGCAUGGCAUCGGUAUGUGGUUCUGUGAUUAUAUGCGAAAAUUGAUAUACCUUUGCAGUUGUUUUGGUAAAAGAUCAAUCGUUAAAUUUCCUAUCUGUUGAUCAAAAUGUCGUGAAAAUUCAGUUGAGUUCAUUGUGUCGGGUGAGGAAUUGUAACAAGUUUUACAAGAUAGUUCAGCAUUGUGAAGGCAUACGAGGGAGUAAGAGGCGGCAUUUUUGAGCUGAAGAAGGUUUGAUGAUGAUUUAUUUUUGGUUUCUAAUCUUUACCAUUGUUAAUGGAAGUUUAGAAAGCGGGUACCAUUCAUCAUGAACAUGUAAAUAGAAAUUUUGGAUACUGCAUCUUCAUGGACGUACGGUUUUAAGAACCCUAUUCACUUUCGUUUGAAAUUGUUA